AUGGCCCAGGUCCAGGCUCUCUCCCGUGGCGUGCGCCUUCCUCUCCUCGUCGCGUCGCGUCGUGGUGCUCGUCGGCCUGGAUGCCCCGGGUCGGUGAGAUGCCAUCCAGGUUCCCUCACCACAUGGACGGUCUGCUACCGUAACCGGGACGGACAGGCGGAGAAGACGACGGGCGAUCACGGCGGGAGGAGCUGGUGUAGCGUGGGGUGCGUCGGCUGCCGUCGGUCGCAGCAGCUCGGAGCGGUCGCAGCCGUGCGCGUCAGCGCCCGCCGUCGGCAGGCCGCUGGCGCGUACACGACCCGGAACGUGCUGAAGCGUCUGCACUCCAGCUCGCACUCCAGCUCGAGGGGAACGUGGAGCCUCGUGCGCGUCGAGCACCACGCUUCUCGACCCGGUGGCGCGCCAGGAGCUUCGGCCGGAUGA